AAAUAAAGCUUUUUUAAAAGACAAAAGUAAUCAAUGGAGAGCAUAGAUAGUUAUAAUUAUGAUGAAAUUGAUCUAGACCAAUUGAUGUUACCUCCUCCUCCAUUAAUUCAAUAAAAUGCAUACAUUGAAGAAGAAGAAGAAGAGACACCAUAAUUUAUACUUACAACUUAAACUGAUUUAUCUUAUAAGGAGGAGGAAUGUCCCAUAUGUUAUUGUCAUCUAAAUGAAGAAAAUACUGUAAAAUUAUUGUGUGGGCAUGUUUUAUGUUCAAAUGAUUUAAAUCAUUUAAUCUCGAUAUAACAUUCAUAAACCUUAAAAUGUCACAUAUGUAGAACUCUCUAGAUAGUAAAUUAAUCUUUUAUUUGUAUUAAAUGA